GGUGCGGGUGGGGCGGGCGAGGGUGGCGGAAGCGGGGGGAGAGUCGGUUGGAGGCGUUGGUGGGGCGGAGGAGCCUAAAAAUGGUGUCGCUGCGGUCGAGGAGGUGGUGGUAAAGGGGAAAAGACGAGAAAUGAAUUGA